UUAAGUUGCACCGCGCUAGGGACGUCCUGUGCUUAACUUAGUACCUGAAGGAUUAGCCUGGAUGCUAGCAUGUUUUAGACGUUUCUUUUUCCUUGCUUCUUUCUCGUGUAUUAUACAGACUUUUCCCUCUUGGUUAGCUAGCCUUCCGCUGGAGAUGGAACAUUUGCCUUGGGUGUGGCAGAUACUGGGGCGUGGCAGGAAGGAGCUGUGUGAAGAGUCUUUGCCCUCUAGGAUACAGAUGGUGAGUGUGGGAGUCAGCACCGAGCCCUGCCGUGCCAGGUGGGAGGUAGAAACAGAUGAAAUCGUCCUACAGCGGCGGCAAAAGCAGAUAGAUUAUGGCAAGCGCACAGCUGGUUACCAGUGCUUUCUGCAGCAGGUCCCCAAGGCACAACGACAGCCAGGACUUCAUCCUCAAACACCAAACAAAAACAGAAGAUACAGCCGCCGCUCCUGGGAUGCCCAAAUCAGGCAGUGGAGAAGAGCACUCCAUUCUUGGGACCCCCCCAGCCAGCCUCUGCAGGGCAGGGGAGCUGAGGGGCAGGGAAUGGAGCGUCUCUUAGAAUCAAUGGAUUCUACCCCUUUGGAUGACCUCCUGGAUUACUGGCUCCAGCCCCUGGAACCCUCAGAUAAUCUGGAUGGAGACUGGAAGGGAGGCCAGUUUGCAGACUUGGUGGCUCCUGACUCCUCCCUUCCCUGGCUCUGUGAAGAUGACACACCCUGGUUCUACUUUCUAACUAAUCACAGUUACUUAUCUGUCGCAGACCUGAAUGGGAAACAAAAUAUUUAGGGAAAACAGAAAUCUUUCAGGGGACUUGUUGCUUAGUAGUGAGGAUUUACUUGCA